AACAAAGAUGGCUGAAGAACAGGAGGUGAUUCAGAUAGAGCUGCUAUGCAAACAGUUGUACGAGUCCCCGGACCCAGCGCUCCGGGAGCAGGCAGAGAAGGCUGUCGUUGCUUUUCAGGAGUCUCCGGAUACAUUGAGCAAAUGUCAAAUGUUACUAGAGCGGGGCGAAUCGAGCUAUUCACAACUGUUGGCAGCCACCACACUUGGAAAACUUAUAAGCAGGUCGACGGCCAGCCUUACCAUCCAGCAGCGUUUGGAUAUAAGGAAUUAUGUACUUAACUACCUCGCGACAAGGCCGAAAUUGGCUAAUUUCGUUGUACAGGCCCUAGUGACCCUGUACUCAAAGAUCACGAAACUCAGCUGGCUGGACAUGGUCAAGGAGGAGUACGUCUUCCACAACGUCGUCAACGACAUAACGAGCUUUCUCAGGAGCCAAGAGCUGUGCACGGUGGGGGUGCAGCUACUGUCGCAGCUGGUGGUGGAGAUGAACCAGGUGUCGGAGGCGGACGCGAACCGGUCGCUGGCCAAGCACAGGAAGAUUGCCUCCUCGUUCAGAGACACGACGCUGUUCGAGAUAUUCCGCCUGGCGUGCUCGCUGGUGGGGGCGGCGCGGGGGUCGCGCGCCGACAGCCUGGUGCUAGCGCUGCUGCGGCUCGCGCACAACUGUCUCGCCUUCGACUUCAUCGGGACCUCGGGGGACGAGGCCUCCGACGACCUCUGCACCGUGCAGAUCCCCACGUCGUGGCGGCCGACGUUUCUGGAAUCGACUACGCUAGAGCUGUUCUUCGAGCUGUACCACGAGCUGGGCGGCGCCAUGUCGAGCCUCGCGCUGGCCUGCCUCGUGCAGCUCGCCUCCGUGCGCCGCUCGCUCUUCAGCAACAGCGAGCGCGCCAAGUUCCUCAACAGGCUCGCGGCCGGCGUGCUCAGGAUACUCGACAACACUCAGGGUCUGUCGGAUCCGGCGAACUACCACGAGUUCUGCCGCCUGCUGGCCCGCCUCAAGUCCAACUACCAGCUGGGGGAGCUGGUCAUGGUCGACAACUACCCCCGGCUCAUCGAGCUCAUAGCGAAGUUCACGGUGCAGAGUCUACAGAUGUGGCAGUUCGCCCCCAACUCGGUGCACUACCUGCUGUCGCUGUGGCAGCGCAUGGUCGCGUCGGUGCCGUACGUGAAGGCGACGGAGCCCCACCUGCUGGAGACGUACGCGCCCGGCGUCACCGCCGCCUACAUCGGGUCGCGCCUCGACGCCGUCUCCUGCGUCGUCAGGGACAACGUGGAGGACCCGUUGGACGACGCCGGCACCGUGCAGCAACAGCUCGAGCAGUUGUCCGUCAUCGGGCGCUGCGAGUACGGCAAGACGUGCGCGCUGCUCGUGGCGCACUUCGACCGCGCCGCCGCCGCAUACGCGCACGAGACGCAGCCGCAGCAGCUGCUCGUGCUGCAAGGUCAGCUGACGUGGCUGGUGUAUAUAAUCGGGGCGGCCAUCGGGGGCCGCGCGUCCGUGAACACGUGCGAGGAGAACGACGCGAUGGACGGCGAGCUCGUGUGCCGCGUGCUGCAGCUCAUGGACCUCACCGACUCGCGACUCGCGCAAGGAGGCUGCGAGAAGCUGGAGCUAGCCAUGAUGUCGUUCUUCGAGCACUUCCGCAAGAUCUACGUCGGGGAGCAGGUCCAGAAGAACAGCAAGGUGUACCGCCGGCUCAGCGAGGUGCUCGGCCUCAGCGACGAGAGCCAGCUGCUCAGCGUGCUCGUCAUGAAGAUCAUUACGAACUUGAAAUACUGGGGCGGGUCUGAGCAGAUCAUCGGCAAGACCCUCGGCCUCCUCAGCGACCUCAGCGCCGGCUACUCGUGCGUCCGGAAACUCGUCAAGCUGGACGAGGUGCAGUUCAUGCUGACGCACCACACGGCCGAAUACUUCCCGUUCCUCGGUAUCUCUGGCGUGGGCACGUCGGAGAUGCGGUGCCGCACCAUGCUGUACACGGCGCUGGGCCGCCUGCUCAUGGUGGAGCUGGGCGAGGACGAGGAGCGCUUCCACGCGUUCAUGAUGCCGCUCACUGCCGCGUUCGAGAGCAUCGUGGGUCUGCUGGACGGGGCGGUGUUCGCGUCGGAGGAGGCCAAGAAGACGCUGAUCGGCCUCGCGAGGGACCUCCGGGGGCUCACGCUCGCCUUCAACACGAAGACAACGUACAUGAUGCUUUUUGACUGGAUUUACCCGGUGUACAUGAAGGUGUUACUCCGGGGCAUCGAGCUCUGGUACCCGGAGCCGGCGGUGACGACGCCGGUGCUCAAGCUGACGGCCGAGCUCGCGCAGAACCGGAACCAGCGCCUGCACUUCGACGUCAGCUCGCCCAACGGCAUUCUGCUGUUCCGCGAGCUGUCCAACAUCAUAUGCGGCUACGGCAGCAGGAUCCUGACUGUGGAAGUGGACAAGAAGCAGCUGUACGCCUUGAAGCUGAAGGGGAUAUCGCUCUGCUUCUCCAUCCUGAAGGCGGCCCUCUGCGGGAACUACGCAAACUUUGGUGUAUUCAGGUUGUACGGGGACGAGGCACUGGACAACGCGUUGAACAUGUUCGUCAAGCUGUUGCUGAGCAUACCGCAGAGCGACCUACUGGUUAGUGACUACCCGAAGCUGUCGCAGACGUACUAUGUCCUGCUGGAGCGGCUGGCCCAGGACCACAUGAGCUUCCUGGCGAACCUGCAGCCGGAGCCGAUCCUGUACAUCCUGUGCUCCAUAUCCGAAGGACUGACGGCUCUGGAUACGACGGUGUGCACGGGAUGCUGCGCCACCUUAGAUUACAUCGUUACGUAUCUCUUCAAACAGCUCGUCCAGAAGACGAGCAACAAAGUCCCGAAGCCCCGCCAGCCCCCGCCGGAGAUCAGCAAUAUGUUCGUGGAGGUGCUGCAGCGGAGACCAGAGAUCAUGCAGCAGCUUCUAGCCACGGUUCUGAACGUGAUAAUAUUCGAGGACUGCUGCAACCAGUGGUCGAUGUCGCGGCCGCUGCUCGGGCUGAUCCUGCUCAACGAGGAGCAGUUCUCGCGCAUCCGCGGCGAGAUGAUCGCGCAGCAGCCGCGCGACAAGCAGGCGCAGCUGGCGGACUGGUUCAACGGGCUCAUGGCCAGCAUCGAGCCGAACCUCCUCACCAAGAACCGGGACAGAUUCACGCAGAACUUGUCCGUGUUCAGACGGGACAUCAACGACCUGCUGAAGGGCACCUCGGUGUCGUCGGCCGGGUCCGUCAACGACAUGAUGACGUCAUAAUCAAGCGAUGACGUCACGCGGACCCGUGUGCACGUGGCGUGGGCGUCGCGCGACCGCGGCGUGCGGGGGGUUGGGGGGAGGCAGGAUCGCUUAUACAUAAUCGAUGUGGGUAUUGUGAUAUUAUUACCGGUUGAGAGCGGCCCGCUGGUCCCGGUUCGAACGUCACGCACUGAUGAUGUCCACGGACUCCGGUUGUGACGUAAACGAUCGUAUACCGAGUGUCUGUCAGGCUUGGUGAUUAAAAUGGACGUAAUGUUUUUUUUUAUUUUUAAUAUAGAACUUUGAAAUUAUGAAUUAAAUGUGUGAAAUAUUGUGCGAGGAAAAUAGACAUUCAGUUCAGCGUUAGGUGCGUUUGUGUUGGGUUUUUUUUUUUCGUGUCUGUGGCUCGGCUCGCGUUAAGUGGUCACCGGAGUACAGCGUCAAUGGUCGUCUCUCAGUUGUAAUUGUAUAGUGUUUUAAGAAAAUUAAUAAUUGUGACUGUUUUGAGUUUUUAUUAGAUACAUUGUUAUUCCUUCACCGUCAAAGUCAAUCUUGAACAUAUUCGCACCCUUAGAAUUGAAGUGGUUUAAUUAACUAAACAUUUCAAAAGAAAAUUAGUUUUAUAUUUUGAACGACUUAUAUAAACAUUGUAUUUAUUCUAAUAGUUUUUAUAAAAUUAAA